GUGGUGGACUACCUGACUCAGUAUUCUGGAAUAAAACCCGGAGACCUGGACGCUAAGAUCUCCUCGAAGCACCUGACCACGCUGAAGUCUACGUACCUGAAGCUCAGGUUCCUCAUCGACACCGGCGUGCGCUUCGUGGGCCACGGCCUGCAGAAAGACUUCAGAGUCAUCAACCUGCUGGUCCUCAAAGAUCAGGUGGUGGACACGGUGCACUUGUUCCAUCUUCCUCGCAAAAGGAUGAUUUCUCUGAGGUUCCUCGCCUGGUACUUCCUGGAGCUGAACAUCCAGGGCGAGACCCACGACAGUAUCGAGGACGCCCGCACGGCGCUGGCGCUCUACAGGAAGUACCUGGAGCUGAGCCGCGGGGGGGGGCAACGACGAGGUGAGGAAGGUCCUGAAGGGGCUGUACGAGAAGGGGAGGCAGCUGGACUGGAAGGCCCCCGAGAGCGAGCCCCAGGACCCCCCCCAAGGUGCCGCUGUGUUCCCCUCGGUGAUGGGCCUCUGAACCUCCUCACACACUCUCUCCUCACUUUGUGUAUUUGUAUUUCUGCAUUGUGUAUUUCUGACGGUCGUUGUUGUUGUUGUUGUCCUCAGUUCGGUGAAUACACAGUUUAAAUCAUGUCAACAUGUGAGCUGCUCCUCCGGACAGGAAGAGGACAUUUGUUCUUGAUUUUGAAUCUUUUUUUAAAGAAAAUACAUCAUGUUUUUUGAUGCCUGUAAAUAAAUAAACGGAUCAAGACGAGCGCUA